AAUUCGAGCAGGCGCGGUCCCAAUAGCUUAAGGAAAGUCUGGCAAGUUUGGCUAUCCUUUCGCUCCUUCCUUUUAAUCCAGCGACAGCGACUUUCCCUUCCAGAUUCCCGUCUUCCAUCGCUCCAUCUCCAGCGUGCAUCCCGCAUCAGGCUGUUUCAGUCGCUGGCCAGCCUCUCCUUUCCAGAAACCAACUUUCCCACCAUCCCCGGACCGCCGAUCCGCAUGCCCGUGACGACACAAUCCCUACAGCCUACAAGAUUCAGUAUCGUAAUAUGAAGUGAGAAGAAAUAUCGAACAUCCCUCAUACCCAGCCAACAAGAUGGAAAUGGUGGCAGAAGAGGAGGCGCCGAGGUCGUUGUCUCCACUGGCACGACCUCGUUUCGCCGAAGCUGGCAGCCAGCCCUCGUCCCCUCUACGCACUACUUUUACUCCCGACACUCCUACACCGGCGCAUACCACCCUCUCGAAUGAGCUGCUCCGACCGCCGACUGCCGUGUCUGUCCACUUUGGCCCCCCGACUCCUGCCGACUUCAACCUCCCAUCCGUCAAGAGCUUUAUCAAUGGCUCGGCUCCUCGUUCCGUCUCAGCUACGAGCCCUCGUCCGCGACCUUUCGUCUUGCGCCAUGACUCGGAUCCAACCAUGCGUACCAUGUCGCGCAACAGGGACGCCAGUGGAGGCAGUGGCACACAGACGCCGCCAGAGAGAAGACUAGGAGAAGACCAGCUGGAUGCCGGAGAUGAACACGGCCGUCAGGGCUCCUUCUUCUCCCGUCUGAAGGCCAUGGCGACGCCAACACACUCGCGCCAUCCCAGCGAGUUCACAAAUGCCUCUGCUCUCAUGACGCCAACAGAGGAGCUGGAAGAGCCGCACUUUCCCAUCUACUCUCAGUCGCAUCACGACGGCAGUGAGGCCGAAGGCGAUAUUGAGAGCUCAAUGGACGAGGCUGUAGAGGGCCAAGAAACACGGCCGAGGCGCAAGUCUAGGAGAAAGAUGGAGAAGACCGUCUCUGCUGGCCCCACGACUCCACGUACACCACGUUUCCCGUCCUUCUUGCGGGAUCAUGCAGAUCACACUCCACGCUUGCCUCGUAGGGCUACCAUGACAGACAUUCCAGAAAACUCGAGAGCAGGCGUUAGCGAAGACGAGGGGCGUGACCGCCUUGCAAAAAGCGCGUGGAGGCGUGGUCUGGAAGGAGCAAGAGGCCUGAGCUAUGUCCAUCGCAGCAACAGGUCGAACAACGAAGCUGCAGAACAGUCGGACUCAAAUCGUCCCACUACUGCGAGAAGAUUCACUGGUUUCGGUGCUCUCGAUGGCUCAGCUUCACCGUGGCGAGGCCGCGGAGAGCGUCAACAGAGUACUAGUGCUCAAAAGUGGAAGCAAGUCAAGGCUGGUCUAAAGUUGCUAGGUCAACGCAAGAAAGACGAGCGAGUCAAGGUUGAUCACCAAAAGUCUACAGAGCUAAUGGCCGAGCUGCUGGCCGGCUCACCUGCUGCCAUCUUCCUGGCUAGUAUGUAUCAACGUGACGAACACGGACGCCGCAAGAUUCCAGUCUUGCUUGAGCAACUCAAGAUCACCAUUCCAUCCAGUCAAAAUCGCGAAACCAAAUCUGGCGAUCGCCACAUGGUAUUCACCAUCAAUUUGGAAUAUGGUAGCGGUCCUUCCCGUAUGUCCUGGACUAUCCAUCGUUCUCUCCGCGACUUCAGCAAUUUGCAUCUCAAGUACAAGUUCCAGAGUCAAUCAGAGCGCUACUCAAUACUCAAGACUGAAGACCGUACCAAAGCAAAGAUUCCUCGCUUCCCCAGAAGUGCUUUUCCUUAUCUUCGCGGUGUGAGAGGUCUGGCCGAUGAAGAGGAAGAUGAAGAUGACAAUGCUAUUGCAGAAGUCAGUGGUCAAGAAGGCGAAGCAAGCGGCCCCGAGCGACCCGGGAUGAAGAAGCGACGUAGAACGUCCUUUGCCUUGUCUAGGCGCAAGUCAAGUAUAGGCCACGCAUCUGGUCCCGAUGGUGUAACGGGCGAGGUCGCUCGAGCUGGUAGUAUCGCUGGAGCACCUGGAGGCGCCAAGGCUAAGGAUGUCUACAACGAACGUCAGCGAAGAAAACUCGAGAAUUACUUGCAGCAGAUGAUAAGAUGGCUGGUCUUCCGUCCUGACAGUACGAGACUGUGCAAGUUCCUCGAACUUUCUGCUCUGUCUUUACGCCUGUCAGUCGAAGGUGGCUAUCACGGAAAGGAGGGAUUAAUGUCCAUCAUUUCCAAGCCUAACAUUGACCUCCGCAGACGACCUGUCACUGGUUCCGUCUCGGCCUUCAAGCGCAAUGCAGAGCCCAAGUGGUUCAUGAUUCGUCACAGCUACAUUGUCGCCUUGGAUAGUCCCGAGUCGCUUGAGCCGCGUGAAGUCUUCCUUGUUGAUUCAGACUUCACCACCGACAAAGUCAGCAAGAAGCGCCUGAGAGAUCAAACAGCUGAAGAGCUCGCCAAGACUGCUGGUAAUGCUGCCCAGCCAAAGCAUCAUAUUCUCCGAUUGUACAAUGCGGAGAGGAAGCUAAAAAUGUUGGCAAAGAACGAGCGUCAACUGGUACAAUUCCAGGAAUCGAUCGACUUCAUGGUGCGAAACACGAUCUGGUCGCUGAAACAUCGGUUCGACAGUUUUGCGCCAGUUCGCAAGAACGUGUUUGCUCGCUGGUUGGUCGAUGGUAGAGAUCACAUGUGGCAAGUCUCGAGAGCCAUUGACAAUGCCCGAAGCUUUGUGUAUAUUCACGAUUGGUGGUUGAGUCCAGAACUGUAUCUUCGCAGACCUGCCGCCAUCAGUCAGAAGUGGCGUCUUGAUCGUCUGCUUUUGCGAAAGGCACAGGAAGGUGUCAAAAUCUUUGUCAUUGUCUACCGCAACAUCGAAUCCGCCAUCCCCAUCGACUCCGAAUAUACCAAGACCUCACUCCUCGAUCUCCACCCCAACAUUUGUGUACAGCGGUCGCCCAACCAGUUCAGGCAGAAUCAGUUCUUCUGGGCUCAUCAUGAGAAGCUCGUCGUGAUUGAUAACGCAAUGGCAUUUGUUGGCGGUGUCGACUUGUGCUUCGGUAGAUGGGAUGACCCUCAUCACUCUCUAACUGAUGACAAACUCACUGGAUUCGAGAUGGACAUGGAAGAAGCGAGGACUGCCGACAACUGUCAAGUCUGGCCUGGCAAGGAUUACUCCAACCCCAGAGUUCAGGACUUCUAUGGUCUAGAUCGCCCUUACGAGGAGAUGUACGACCGCACAAAGGUGCCUCGUAUGCCUUGGCACGACAUUGCCAUGACCAUUGUUGGUCAGCCUGCCAGAGAUGUCGCACGUCACUUUGUGCAGAGAUGGAACUAUGUUCUCAGACAGCGUGUGCCUUCUCGCCCUACACCAAUCCUCUUACCUCCACCCGAGUUUGAUCAGAGUGAGCUCGAAAGACUUGGUAUGACUGGUACCUGCCAAGUUCAAAUUCUUCGUUCUUGCACUGCCUGGUCUAUUGGCACGCCUAACAAGACCGAAUGCAGUAUCAUGAAUGCUUAUGUCUACCUCAUCGAGAACUCUCAGCACUUUGUCUAUAUCGAGAACCAGUUCUUCAUCACUAGCUGUGUCGUUGAAGGGACCCCAAUCCUCAACAAGAUUGGUGAUGCUCUCGUCAAGAGAAUCGAACUUGCUCAUGAGAGAGGCGACAAGUGGAGAGCAUGCUUGGUCAUCCCGCUCAUGCCGGGUUUCCAGAAUCAAGUCGAUUCUCAAGAUGGAACUAGUGUUCGUUUGAUCAUGCAGUGCCAGUACCGCAGUAUCUGCAGAGGCGAGUCCUCUAUCUUUGGUAGACUCCGCGCUCAGGGCAUUGAUCCUACUCAGUACAUUGAGUUCUACGCUCUCAGACAGUGGGGCAAGAUUGGUCCUCGCAAGUGCUUGACCACGGAGCAACUGUAUAUUCACGCCAAGUGUAUGGUUGUUGAUGACCGCAGUGUCAUUAUUGGUUCUGCCAAUAUCAACGAGCGGUCCAUGUUGGGUUCAAGAGAUUCCGAAGUGGCUGCCAUUGUCACUGAUCAGGAGAUGAUCCCUUCAUUUAUGGGAGGCAAGCCUUACGAUGUCGGCACUUUCCCUCACUCUCUUCGUAUGCGUCUCAUGCGUGAGCAUCUUGGCAUUGACGUUGAUGAGAUCUACCGUCGCGAAUGUGAAGCUGAGAAGGCCAUGCAAGACGAGGAGAUGGAGCGCAUCUAUAGAGACGACUACGAUACGCCACCUGAGACUCCCAGAGCUCAUGGAGGCCUGACCGAGGAGAAUCUAUCCCAAAACAGUGAACCUGAUGGCAAGGCCAACGUUCUGCAUAACUUCCUGAGCGAGACCAACAGUGGCAGCAGUCAUCAGCUUGAUGGCACCAACAGUAGAAGGAAGUCAACUGACAAAGGUCAUGACGCUGAUGUUACGGGCUAUGGUGUCGACAACAUGAAGGGACUUGAGGGUAUCGCCGACACGAAUGCGAGAGACACAUAUAUCACCAGCCACGGCAGGGAAGUUCUUCGCAACCACAAUUUACUCGACGGCGGUCCACAUCCUAGAUCGUCAUCUGUGAGAAGGGAUAUUAUUCACCACCUCCACGAGCUUCCUCAAAAUGCUAUCGAGGCGGGCCGCCUACUUCCUCCGAUCAUGCCGCCUCGUAUGAAUACUCGCGAACUUGGCUUGACACUCUUGUCUCAGCUUCCGGCUCUACCCGUGCUUGACGAUUCAGACAUAGGUGGUCCGUCAUUGCUCAAGGAUGUCAGUUCUGAGAACGCUCAUAUCAUCAACCCUCUAUUGAACUCUAUGCCCCGACCGGUAGUUGAUGAAGACUGCAUGCGUGACCCUCUGGAGAACGACUUUUACAAGAAGAUCUGGCAUCAAGUUGCGGAGAACAACACUCGCAUCUACCGACAAGUCUUCCGCUGUAUGCCAGACUCUGAUGUUCAAUCAUGGCAGUCGUACAAUCAGUUCAAUGCAUAUAACGAAAAGUUCAUGCUCUCGCAGGGUAUGGGCACCAGCUCACCACUUUCGAAAUCUGCAGGUGACGCACCAGAUACCAGUGGUCCUCCAGGCUCUGGCGGUACUGAUACACUGUCUUCUGCUGCCGCCCUCUCAGAGCGUGCAAGUAAACAUGCCAGUAAUAGGUUUAGUGGUUUGAGCAAGCUAUUCGGCAAUCGUCCCAGCACCUCACAAUCCAACAUUACUGCCGCCAAUGGCGAGUUGUCCGAGAAGCAAGCUUUGGAAGGCGAUGCUGCACCGACACCAGAUGAUGUGACCAACGAAGAAACCGUUGACGAAAAAGUGGCAGCUGCCCAGCGUAACGAUACCGCAAACACUGAAGCCACCCUCGCACCACCACCCCUCGACGGUGUUCCCACCAACAUUUCCUCCAACACCGCUCCUCGCGCCCGAGCCCGCACCAUCCAAUUCCCCGAAAUGACGGAAAAAGAAAAGAACUUCGAACCCGGAGCUCUACCACACGCCGCCACCAUCGGAGCUAACAUUUCCCACAGCACAUCGACCAAAAAACGACGCAACAGAGCAAACACCAAAGGCAGUGCCAAACUCAACGCCGAACAAGAAAUCCUGACUAAAGAAGAAGCCGAAGGAUUACUGAAACUCAUUCAAGGACAUUUGGUCACUUGGCCGUAUGACUGGUUAGUACAUGCAGAAAUUGACAAGUUUGGCAAGAAGAAGGACAGACAGAAAAAGGAGGGGGGUUUGAUUUUUGAUGUGGAUGUUGUUGCGCAGAAAAAUGCUAAUACUUUUGGUGGGAAUAGGCUUGAGAGAGAGGAAAAGGGUGGGAAUUGGCUUUACAGUAUUGAUCAGAUUGCUCCGUUGGAAAUUUAGUGAGUGAUGAAUUGGGAGGGAGAGUGGAGUUGGAGAUGAGGAUGAGAUGUGCUGACAUUUUCGGUAGUGAUUGAUCGAUGCGUGGUUGUAAACAACAAUGGACCUUGAUUGGUCUCCGCGACUUGGACUGUGA